AUGUUGCGUCGUACUUCUUCCUUUCUGGCCUGCAUUUACCUGCUUAGCACUACUUUUCAAGUAGUAGCUGCGAAGCCCAAGGUCACAAUUGCAUCUGGGCCAAUUGCUGGUACGAGUACUAAACUCGCUUCCUCUACGGCAACAGUCGAUCAGUACCUUGGUAUUCCGUUUGCCAAAUCCCCUCCAGAGCGGUUCGCUCCUCCCGAGGAUCCUACGGCGUGGAAGAAAGAGCUGAAUGCUUCAGCCAUAAAGCCAGCAUGUAUCCAGCAGUUCAACUACCCCGAGUCGACCCGGGAGUUCACCACGAGGCUUUACAACAACCCUCCCGUGCCGGAAAGCGAGGAUUGUCUCUAUCUCAAUGUCUAUGCCCCAUCAUCAAAGCCGCCCCCGGGUGGCAGAGCUGUCCUUUUUUGGAUCUACGGAGGCAAUCUCGUGUUCGGAUCUGGCGGUCUACCAGCCUAUGAUGGGACUAGCUUUGCCGCAAACCAGGAUGUCAUCGUGGUGACGCACAAUUAUCGUACCAACGUCUUUGGGUUCCCUAACUCAGCGGAGCUUCCAGCGGGAUCUCAGAACCCGGGAUUCUUAGAUCAGCGUAAGGCUCUUGCAUGGGUACAGCAGAACAUCGCGGCCUUCGGCGGCGACCCGUCGAAAGUAACGAUAUUUGGAGAGAGUGCUGGCGGCUACUCAGUAAAGCAGCUGGUCUCCGUUCCCCCUAAGCCGCUCCCCUUCCGAGCAGCUAUCAUGCAGAGUCAGGCCGCUGCUCUUGAAGGCGGCUCAACCGGCUGGGAAGCCCUCUCGACCGCUCUAGGCUGCCAAACGGCGCCAUCCGAGAUUGAGUGCGUCCGCACGGCAUCCGCUAUUGACAUCAAAUCGAUCAUUGAGAGGAAUGCGCUCGACUUCCCGCCUGUUAUCGACGGCGUUACUCAGACCAGCAACGUUGCCGCUGCCAUUACCUUCGACACUGCUGCACAGGUCCCGCUCCUCAUCGGUACCAACUCAGAGGAAGGUCGUGUCUUUGCCGUUGGCAUCCAGAAUGUGGACGACCAACUCUCGGCCCUCUUACCGGGGCAGCCGCUCCUGCAGGCAGCCAUCAAGGCAGCAUAUCCGCCCGCUGUCUAUCAGACCCCUUACCGCAUUGCCGCAGCCAUCAUCACAGAUCUGGUUUUUCAGUGCCCGGCGGCUGCCCUGGCCAACCUAGCAGCCAGCACCGGGUACGACGUCUGGCGGUACUGGUUCGACGCCUCCUUCCCGAACACACAGUACUUCCCAGACGCAGGCGUCUAUCACGGUUCCGAGAUCACUCAGGUCUUCGGCACCUACCCGCGUGAGGGCGCAACAGAGCAGCAGGUGGAGCUGAGCAAGUACAUGCAAACAGCGUGGGCGAACUUCGCGAAGGAUCCGGCGAAGGGGCCCGGAUGGCCGAAGCUGCGCAGUCAGGUACUCGACCUGCAGGAUUUGGGUGGGAAGGGGUCGAACGGGGGUUUCAAUAUCGCGGAGGAGGCCGUGGAUUACAGGUGUCCGAUUUAUGCGCCCAUAAUUGCUGUCAGGGGCCUUUGA